AUGUCGUACCCAUAUGGAGGAUAUCCUAAUCAAAUGGUACCAAUGCCAAACCAAUCGAUGUAUCCUGUACCUUCUGUAUACCCACAGCCUCAAACAACAAUCAUUCAAGCUCCUCCACCAGUUUUCCCAAUGGUACGACCAACUGUCAUAAUCGAAGAAAACUGCUAUCCACACUACUACCAUCAUGGAUAUCAUGAUUACGGGUAUUAUCAUCAUCAUCAUCAUGGAUAUCAUCAUCAUCACCACUGCGACUGA